CCCUACUCAGUGUGCACAAAAGCCGAAAAAACACACCGAGCCAGAAGAAUAAAAUAAAGAACUUAGUAAAAAAUCUACACUUUUAAAUUAUCUACAACAUGGACGUUGAUGCUGCACAGAAGACUUGGGAGCUGGAAAACAAUAUACAAACGUUGCCAAGCUGUGAUGAAAUCUUUCGCUAUGAUGCCGAGCAACAGCGUCAAAUAAUUGACGCAAAGCCCUGGGAGAAGGAUCCACAUUUCUUCAAAGAUAUUAAGAUAUCAGCACUGGCGCUGCUGAAGAUGGUUAUGCACGCUCGUUCUGGUGGUACUCUGGAGGUAAUGGGCCUGAUGCUGGGCAAGGUGGAGGACAACACAAUGAUUGUGAUGGAUGCAUUUGCACUGCCUGUGGAAGGCACGGAGACGAGAGUUAAUGCACAGGCACAGGCCUAUGAAUACAUGACCGCCUAUAUGGAGGCCGCCAAGGAAGUAGGUCGACUGGAACAUGCUGUGGGAUGGUAUCACAGCCAUCCUGGCUAUGGAUGCUGGUUGUCGGGCAUCGAUGUGUCCACACAGAUGCUUAACCAGACCUACCAGGAGCCAUUUGUGGCUAUUGUUGUGGAUCCUGUGCGCACUGUCUCAGCUGGCAAGGUGUGCCUUGGUGCUUUCCGCACAUAUCCAAAGGGCUACAAGCCUCCUAACGAGGAACCUUCCGAAUAUCAAACGAUACCAUUAAAUAAGAUUGAGGACUUUGGUGUACACUGCAAGCAGUACUAUCCGCUGGAGAUCAGCUACUUUAAGUCGGCCUUGGACCGCAAAUUACUUGAUUCAUUGUGGAAUAAGUACUGGGUGAACACUUUGGGAAGCUCUGGACUGCUUACCAAUACGGAAUAUACAACCGGACAAAUCAUGGACUUGUCUGAAAAGCUGGAGCAAAGUGAAAACUUUUUAGGUCGCGGAACCGAUGUGAAUGAAAAACGCUCCGAGGACAAGCUAUCGAAGGCAACGCGCGACUGCAGCCGCUCAACGAUUGAGCUCAUCCACGGUCUGAUGGCACAAAUUGUCAAGGAUAAGCUCUUCAAUAAAGUUGGCCUGGGCAAAUAGGCAGGUCUCUCAUCCUUAAAGGAACUGAAAACUUAGCGUUUACUUGUAUUUGGAGAUAUGUCUACGAAUUCAUAAAUAUAAAUACUUAAGAGAGUGUAUCUUA